AUGGCAGCAGCACCCGCGAUAGGAGCAUGGAGCAACACCAAGCCCAAUACCCUUGCAACACACCCAUUGCGAUACCCCUGGGUCUUUUGGUUUAUGCAUCGGGAAGCAGGGGCAAAGAUAGAGAAUUACAAUAAUUCUAUCAAGAAGAUAUCAACGUUUUCAACUGUGGAAGAAUUUUGGGGAGUGUACAACAGACUGACGCGGCCGAUGGAGCUGAACAACGUGUGCGAUUUCCACCUGUUCAAGCAGGGGAUCCGGCCAAUCUGGGAGGACAACCUAAACGGCGGAAAGUGGAUCGUGCGUCUUAAAAAGGGGCUAGCGUCACGAUACUGGGAGAGUCUGGUCAUGGCCAUGAUCGGUGACCAGUUCGAUGUCGGGAACGAGAUUUGCGGGGCGGUGAUAUCGAUACGGCACAGCGAGGAUAUUUUGUCAUUGUGGAAUUUGUCGGCGGAUGAGGGGAGGGUUAACCUUCGUAUAAGGGACACGCUAAAGCGGGUUUUGAACCUGCCACCUAACUGCAUAAUGGAAUAUAAAGCACAUAAGUCAUCUGUAGCGGACAACUCGAGUUUCCGCAACACCGAUCUGUACCUGUAG